AUGAGCUGGGCUGACCUGCAGAAAGAGGUUGCGCUGCUGUCGCGAUUCCUGACGCAAGUGCCAGGUCUCGCACCAGGCGUUCGACUUGGUGUCCUUGGACGCAACAGUGCAGAAUACCUCCAGCUCAUGUACGCCUGCGCCGACGCUGGUGUCAUUGUCGUACCUCUCAACACUCGUUGGGCCAUUGGCGAGUUGCGACAUGCCGUGAUGGACAGCGGCAUCAAAGUCUUGGCCAUCCUGGACUGUGAGUUUUUCGGUACAGCGCUAGAUCUAUGCACAGUCGCACCGGCUGCAGGUCGUGGCCCUUCGUGUCUGAUGGUUGGACCUCAGACCUGUACCUCUUCCCCGACCUCUGUGGAGAGAUCGGAGGUAUCGGCAUGGCGAAGAAUUUCCGUUGGUCAGGGUGACGCUGAAAGGGAAGGGUGGCGAGGGGUGGACGAUUCGCGAGGUGAUUUCGUGCCUGCUCGGGCUGCCGAAGAGGGCAUGGGAGAGCAGCGGCGGAGUGACGACCAUGAUUGUUGCGAUUCCGCGCAAAGCGUUGGCGGUGCUACGCUUGAGGCUGAAGGCACACGAGACGUUUUCUGCAUCGUGUACACAAGCGGAAGCACGGGCCGAUCAAAGGGGGUGGCACUAACGCACGAAGGGCAGGUCUUUCAAGCCGAUGCGAAGUGCGUCCAGUUGAACUUCACAUCCUCGACCACCUACCUCAACGUGCUGCCAUUGUUUCACGUGGGUGGCAUAAGUGCUGCUCUCGCUGUAACUCUGGUCGGUGGGUGCCACGUUUUUGUGCCGAGAUUCGCUCCCGGGUGCGCCGUUGCCGCCAUUCAGGCAGGACGCGUAAACUCCAUCGUAGUGGUUCCUACCAUGCUGCACGUGCUGGUCAAGGAAGCGAGCAGCGAGUCGUCAACCUCAGACGACACGGCGCACCCACUAGCAGCCAUCGACACUGUUGUAGUUGGCGGGCAACCGAUGUCUGGUCGCUUGGAGCGUCUUGCGCGAGGUUGCAUGCCCGGCGCCAGGUUUGUUCAGACUUACGCGUGCACGGAAGCAGGUUCCACCAUCGCGUUCGCUUUCUCCCCACCUCUUGGUGCAUCUCAGCGCGACCCUAACGGAGGAUGUGGGGCGAAAUCCACCGUACCAGAGCGAGCGCACGACUUGUGGGCCACGGCAGGAAGUCCUGCUGAGCAUGUGGAGAUCAGGGUGGUAGAGCGGGGGCCGUCAGACGGCGCCCACCCCGCGCGUCCUGCUAGCGCAGGUACUGUCGGAGAGGUGGAGACGCGCGGCCCCCACGUAAUGAAGGGCUACUGGAACAGGCCGGAUCUUACCGCCGAGGCUAUUCGUCCUGAUGGCUGGUUGCGAACCGGUGAUCUUGGCCGCCUCGAUGAAACAAGUGGUCGACUCAUGAUUGUUGGACGGGCGAAGGACGUGAUUAAGACGGGGGGCGAGAAAGUCCACUCCAGUGAGGUCGAGAGUGUUUUGUUGAGGCACGUUUGGGUUGCGGAGGCAGCCGCGUAUGGCGUGGAUGACGAGCGAUUAGGGGAGAAGGUAGCGGCAAGCGUGGUGUUGGACGAUGCUGCUCAGGACGAUGAGGGGGCUAUUACUUGUGAUAGAGCUAGGGCAGUCUUGGAUAGGUUUUGUGGGCUACAUCUUAGCCCCUACAAGCGGCCACGGCAGAUACACGUUGUGCCGGCGCUGCCUAGAAAUAGUGCAGGGAAGAUCUUGCGGCACAUGCUGCGAGCUUCCUUGUGAUGAGAGACGUAUUGAGGGCAAGCAUACCAAUUUGGAAGCUUUGCAGCAUCAUUGCUCUUGAUGAACGGUACGUAAAUGUACGCUUCAAGACAUAGGUCUUCCAUGCGGUACAAGGGAUACAAGUUCUGGGUACAAUGUCCAGUCCUUACAUCUUUCGGCACAAAUCUGGAAAUUUUGGACGCACCAGCCGGGGUCAUACUGGAGGCAGGCUACACAAAAGGUGUUUCUCCGCCUUCUGCGUUGCUUGCCUCGAUGUUUAUCGCUUAAGGAUUCAACCAUUACUUCCCCUCGUCUUUUUUUGCGUGGAAACGAGUGAUCGCUUUCCACCUUUAGACUAUUUGUUUGGGGCAUAUUGUGAGAAAGAUCCCAGUUCGUGUGACUGCACCGAACACCUCGGAGGUGUUCUUACGCUUGGUUUCAUUCAUUCGUGAGUAGUCUAGAUGUUAAAUUCUAUUGGGGGUUGGCACCUCUUACUGUUCGUGAACAUGUCGAACUGACGAUAGGGGUGGCUCUGAAUCCAGCUCUUUUGGUAAUU